CCACCACACAUAUAUCGCAUCAUAGCCCCACACCGACGUGGCUGCGACCCUCUCUCUAUAAAUAUUGCAUAGGGAAAUGGGUAGGGCUCCAUGCUGUGAGAAAGUGGGGUUGAAGAAGGGGAGGUGGACUAAAGAGGAGGAUGAGACCUUGCUCAAGUAUAUUCAGGCUAAUGGGGAAGGGUCAUGGAGGUCAUUGCCUAAGAAUGCAGGGUUGCUGAGGUGUGGGAAGAGCUGUAGGCUGAGAUGGAUUAACUACUUGAGAGCUGACGUGAAGAGGGGAAACAUUUCUUCUGAAGAGGACGAGAUUAUCGUGAAGUUGCAUGCUUCUUUGGGAAAUAGGUGGUCUCUAAUAGCUAGUAAAUUGCCUGGAAGAACGGACAACGAAAUAAAGAAUUACUGGAACUCUCACUUGAGCAGAAAGAUUCUAACUUUCAGGAGGCCUUCCGGUGAUCAAACCCUACCCACGAUCAUGAACUUGGCUAAGGCGCCGGAUAUUCCUCUUAAAAGAAGAGGCGGUAGAACCAGUCGAAGGGCCAUGAAGAAGAACAAGAAGUACUUCCAAAAAGAUGUUACUGUUUCUACUACUCCAAAUCCAACUGAAGCAAUCCCAUUGCCACCAACACCCGCCAUAGACGAUUGCAUGGUUUUGGAUCCAGACACGAAUGAUAAAGAGAGAGAAAGCCAAAUGCUGUGCGCCAGUGAUCAGAAAGAGACUGAAACUUUAGGACCAUUUGCUCUUCAGGAAGGAAUUGAUGGCGGGUUGUUGUGUUUUGAUGACAUUGUGGACAAUGGUUUGCUGGAAUAUGGGGUUUUGACUUUAAAUGAGGGGAGAGAAAGUAAUGAUGUCGUCAUGGGUUGUAGUGAGGAUAGAGACAGAGACAGUGGGUUUACGUGUACAAACAAGGACAUCAGUGCAAAUGGAGAUGGCCAUGGCGGGGAAUGGUAUUGCUCUUCAAAAACUUCAGGUUUUGAUCAUGGGGUUGAUAAUUGGGGGUGGGAGCAGGGUGUUAUUCAAGGGAAUGAGAUAUCAUGGGAUGAAAAAGAGGAAAGUUUAUCCUUGUUGUGGGAGAGUGAUAAUUUGGAAGGGGAUAGUUAUCAAUUUGGAGAGAUAGAUUUUAACAAACAAGAUGCUAUCUUGGCUUGGCUUCUGUCCUGAAUAUUCUCUCGAUCUUUUGCUUGUAAAUGUUUACAGGUGAGAGUCGUUGAGACAUCCUUUCUGUCACUAAUUCUUUGUGUUAAUUAAUGUGAAAUUUCAUUACUAGAGCACUACUUAAUUAGACGCUCAAAUUCUAUCAAUUUUGUUCUUAGGAGCGCUGUAAAUGAACCUAGGCUAUGAUCCUUUUCCUUGUCGGUCUACGUACUUUGGGUCCCUCAAAUGGUUAUGUAACGUGCCUACCUUUAGAAAAAUCAUGCUCAAGUUGUAUCCAUUUCUGAUGAGGUUGAUUAUAAUUAAUA